AGCACCCCGAGACGCCAGACAGUCAAAUAAUCCCCAUCGGAUCAACACGCAUCAAAUUACAGACCGGGAUAAGCAUCAGCCGAAAGGACAUUUACCACUCUCCAUUUCUCUCUGACGUAGCAUACAACGUACAACAUGAAGGGAAUUUUUCAACUCAGCCGCAGCCUUAGCCGUGCUGCACCUAUUUUCCAUCGGAGCCUCCACUCUGGUACGCGUCCCGCCUCCACGGCUGCUUCCAAACUGAGGUCAGAGCGCCUGCUUACUUCAGAGGAAAUCUACUCCCGAGAGGAAAAAUAUGGAGCACACAACUAUCAUCCCCUCCCUGUGGCCUUAGAGCGAGGAGAGGGCAUCUAUGUGUGGGAUGUUGACGGCAACCGGUAUUAUGACUUCCUCAGUGCUUACAGUGCAGUAAACCAGGGACACUGCCACCCAAAGAUCAUCGCUGCACUCCAUGCGCAGGCGUCUAAACUCACCCUGACUUCCAGAGCAUUCUACAAUGAUGUGCUGGGAGCCUACGAGGAGUUCAUCACCAACAUGUUUGGCUAUGACAAAGUUUUACCCAUGAAUACAGGAGUUGAAGGUGGAGAGACCGCCUGCAAGCUUGCACGAAAGUGGGCUUACAGUGUGAAGGGGGUUCCCAAAAAUAAGGCCAAAAUCAUCUUUGCAAAUGGAAACUUCUGGGGCCGCACCAUGGCAGCCAUCUCCAGCUCCACUGACCCCAGCAGUUAUGAGGGUUUUGGUCCCUACAUGCCCGGUUUCGAACUCGUCCCAUUUAACGACAUUCCUGCACUGGAGAAAGCGCUUCAAGAUCAAAAUGUUGCAGCCUUCAUGGUGGAGCCCAUUCAGGGGGAAGCUGGUGUGAUGGUGCCUGAUCUGGGCUACCUGACUAAAGUCAGAGAACUUUGCACAAAAUAUAAUGUGUUGUGGAUUGCGGAUGAGGUGCAGACGGGGUUGGCUCGGACCGGCCUGCGACUGGCUGUAGACCACGAGGGCGUUCGUCCAGAUUUGGUGAUUCUGGGCAAAGCUCUCUCUGGGGGAGUUUACCCUGUGUCUGCAGUGCUGUGUGAUGAUGAGAUUAUGCUGACCAUCAAGCCCGGGGAACACGGGUCCACAUAUGGAGGAAACCCUGUGGCCUGUCGUGUUGCUAUUGCAGCGCUGGAGGUGAUGGAGGAGGAGAAACUCGCAGAAAAUGCUCAAAGGAUGGGAGAGGUGUUGCGGGCUGAGCUGAACAAACUACCCAAAGACAUUGUGACAACAGUCAGAGGGAAAGGCCUCCUCAAUGCAAUCGUCAUCAAAGAGACCAAAGACUACGAUGCCUGGAAGGUGUGCUUGCGUCUUCGGGACAGUGGACUGCUGGCCAAGCCCACCCAUGGCGACAUCAUCCGGCUGGCCCCUCCACUCACCAUCAAGGAGGACGAGCUGCAGGAAUGCAUCGAUAUAAUCCAGAGAACCAUCAUGUCCUUCUAAGUAAUCAUUAUUGCACCAACAAAAUCAGCAUUAGUGACUUUUUGAUGAGCUAAAGUUUGUUAGGAAGUCACUCUAAAUAUAUUUUAGAUGUUUGUAUUAUUCUUUUUUUUUUCUUUGAAAGGCAUUUCUGUGAGGAGAAUUACUGUAGGAGUACAGUAUACAAAUGGUGUGUAUGUAGUGUGCUUCUAUGAGGAUACACUGACACUGUUGUUCAGAAAACUUCUGUAAAGAAAGGAUGUUUAUAGACUGCUGUUGGACAGACUUUUAUCUUUUUUGCUUGUAACAACUAGUGUGUUUAAAGAAAUCUUCCAUUUUAAAAAGGAAAAUUAGUUUUACUAAUGAGGCAUGCAUACUAUUUAAACUUUAUCAGAAACAUGCAAAUAAACCUCUAGAGGACUGAAGGAAAAGACAAUGAAGAAAAGAGUUCAGACUACCACAGUUAGCUAAUAUGUAAAUAAUUUACAUGUCAAGCUGACUGAAGUAUUCAGCUAAGCUGCUGACAUGCUGUAAAACCACCUUGUUACAUAAUACGUUAAACAGUAUUAUUAAGUUGUGAGAGCUUUAAAUUAUAUAUUCUUUGAGAUUAUUUAAAAAAUUGCUUAAUUGCACUUAAAGGUUAUCACCUCUAAUUUAUUGUCCAGCUGACCACAUAGCACCGGUCUCAUACUUCUACAAGAGGUAUGCAACAGCUGAAUAACGUAGACUUAAAAUGCUGUAACGGAACAGACUUUUGGGCCGUAAAGAGAAUAAUUUCUUAUUUUUAUUAAUAAAACAAAAAUCUACACAAUGUGUUGAAAUGAAUGAAUGUUUAAAGGGAACAUAGUGCUAGUUAUGACUAGCUGGUUUUAAGUAUUUGCUGUAUGUAAGUUUGAAUGUAAACAGCUCAAGUUGUUACAAAGACCAUUGUUCAAAUAAAUUAUUCCAGUCCCA